AUGCCGGAGCUGACUUCGAAGACCGCCACUGUUUCUAAGAAAGGCUUCAAGAAAGCUGUUAGCAAGACGCAAAAAAAGGAGGGAAAGAAGCGCAAGAAAUGCCGCAAAGAGAGCUACUCGAUUUAUAUCUAUAAAGUAUUAAAGCAAGUGCAUCCAGACACUGGGAUCUCAUCCAAGGCCAUGAGCAUCAUGAAUUCCUUCGUCACUGAUAUUUUCGAGCGCAUCGCGGGCGAGGCGUCGCGCCUGGCGCAGUACAACAAGCGCUCGACCAUCACGUCCCGGGAGAUCCAGACGGCCGUGCGCCUGCUGCUGCCCGGGGAGCUGGCCAAGCACGCCGUGUCCGAGGGCACCAAGGCCGUCACCAAGUACACCAGCUCCAAGUGA